UGCCGCGGCGAGCUCCGUCCAAAAGAAAAUGGGGUUUGGUGUAAAUCUGGGGGUGUAAUGUUAUCAUAUAUCACGCUACCUCGUAAAACCGACACUGAAAGCUGCCGGACAACAAAUCACAGGUCAAAAUUAUGAGUUCUUCGUAUUAUGUGAACGCGCUUUUUAGCAAAUAUACGGCGGGGGCUUCUCUCUUCCAAAAUGCCGAGCCGACUUCUUGCUCCUUUGCACCCAACUCGCAGAGAAGCGGCUACGGGCCGGGCGCCGGCGCCUUCGCCUCCACCGUGCCGGGCUUAUACAAUGUCAACAGCCCCCUCUAUCAGAGCCCCUUCGCGUCGGGCUAUGGCCUGGGCGCCGACGCCUACAACCUGCCCUGCGCCUCCUACGACCAAAACAUCCCCGGGCUCUGCAGUGACCUCGCCAAAGGCGCCUGCGACAAGGCGGACGAGGGCGUGCUGCACGGCCCGGCCGAGGCCAGUUUCCGCAUCUACCCCUGGAUGCGCAGUUCAGGACCCGAUAGGAAGCGGGGACGCCAGACCUACACACGCUACCAGACGCUGGAGCUGGAGAAGGAGUUCCACUUCAACCGCUACCUGACGCGGCGCCGCCGCAUCGAGAUCGCCCACGCGCUCUGCCUCACCGAGCGCCAGAUCAAGAUCUGGUUCCAGAAUCGGCGCAUGAAGUGGAAGAAAGAACAUAAAGAUGAGAGCCAGGCUCCUCCUGCGGCCCCCGAAGACGCCGCCGUGCCCUCUGUGUCCACGGCAGCUGCUGACAAGGCGGAGGAGGAGGAUGAGGAGGAAGAGGAGGAGGAAGAGGAAGAAGAGGAAUAAAGGGCCAGGCACAGGGCCCUGGCUGCACAGGACAGUCGGAAAAGCGUCUUUAAGAGACUCACUGAUUUUAGUUACAAAAAUGGAGGGAAUAAAGUGUUUAAAAAAGAGA